GGCGCACCGUAGCUGCGGUAGCGCACGUGAUCCACCGGAACGUAAACAUGUUUGCCUCCUUAUGAUAUUGUAAAAGUUUAAUAGCUUCAAAGACGUUUUUAUCGGUGCUGAAGUGCACAACGUUAGCGAUUAAUAUAAAAGUUUUACUGUCACCUCAAUGCUAAAUGGGUUUGCUGAAUGCAGGUCACCUUGCACUUAAAGUCAGAUGCUGCCUGAGCCCUUUCCUGUCAUCAAAGUCAUGGCUGUCCACCAGGGCCUCUGUGCUGGGGGACAAAAACCUCCUGCUCAUGGGUCCUCCAGGAGCAGGGAAGACGACAGUGGGGAGGGUCGUGGCUCAGAGGUUGGGCCUGCCUGUCGUUGAUGUCGACGACGAUGUCUUGGAGGUCACGUGGAAGAUGCCUGUGGCGGCCAAGCUGGCAGCGGUCGGCGGUGAGCGUUUCCUGGAGGAGGAAGGCCAGGCUCUGUGUAAUUUCUCCGCCUGUGGAUGUGUUGUCUCUCUGACGGGGUCUAACCCUCUUCACGCUGCAGCAAUGCAGCAUGUCAAACAGGCCGGACUGGUGGUGUAUUUAGAUGUGGAUACAGAAGACAUCAUCCAGAGACUCUCCAGGAUGAAGGUGAACAGGAUCGUGGGCCAGGAGGCAGGGGUGUCCAUGAGGACGAUUCUGCAAUACAGGAAACAGUUUUACGAGAAGUGGCUUGAUGUCAGGGUGCUGUGCGGAACAGGGGACUCGGUGGAGGAAAUAGCAGAGAAGGUGCUGCAGGCUCUGGAGAGAUAUCAAAACCCUGCUGCAGAAACCUACGUGUCAACCAGGAGUGACAGGAAAGGAUCAUCCAACACGGAAACAUACUUCAGUGAUGUUGUGCUGGAGGGUCUGGCUCCAGACGGAGGCCUCUACGUGCCACAGAAUGGCUUCCCAAAGGUUGAAACGGGCGAAUGGCUGAGACUAGCUGGCAUGUCAUACCCCGAGCGAGCUUUGGCUUUACUUGAAAAGUGCAUACACCCCGUGGACAUCCCUGCUCUGGAUCUUAAAGCAAUGGUGUUCAAAGCGUACGGGGCCAACUUUGCCAGUGAGGAUGUAGCACCUGUAAAGCACCUUAUCGGCAACCAGUACGUGCAGGAGCUUUUCCACGGCCCCACCGCCUCAUUCAAGGACCUGGCCUUGCAGCUGAUGCCGCAGCUCUUCGCCUACUGCCUCCCGCAGAUGUGCAACUACCUCAUCCUGGUGGCCACGUCCGGUGACACUGGGAGCGCGGUGCUCAGUGGCUUCAGCAGCCUCGGCGACAGUGACAGACACAGGACCGGCGUGCUGGUCUUUUUCCCCGAGGAAGGCGUGAGCGAGAUUCAGAAGCUGCAGAUGACGGGCUACACGGAGGGCAACGCCAGGGCUGUCAGCGUCCUGUCAGACUUUGACUUCUGCCAGAGAGCCAUUAAGAGGAUGUUCGGGGAGUCUGGGCUGACAGGACACCUGGCUGUGGAGUACGCCACGGUCCUGAGCACGGCCAACUCCAUCAACUGGGCACGGCUGCUACCACAGGUGGUUUACCACUCCUCAGCAUAUCUGGAUCUGUUCAGAGACGGCGUUAUCAAGUUUGGAGAGCCAGUAGAUGUUUGCAUCCCGACUGGCAACUUCGGCAAUGCCAUGUCAGCUCUGUAUGCCAAGCAAAUGGGCAUCCCGAUAAGGAAAAUCAUCUGUGCCUCCAACCACAACCGCAUCAUCACAGACUUUAUCACUACAGGCGAGUGUGAUCUCCGUGGACGGCCGCUUAUCGCCUCCCACUCCCCGGCUAUAGAUAUCCUGAAAUCCUCUAACCUCGAGAGGUUUAUCUACCACGCCUCAGAUGGAGACGGCCAUCUUGUCCGAGACCUGUUCACACGCUUGGACGGAGACCAGUACUUUAAAGUUUCCGAGGCUCUUCUUGCAAAGAUACAGCGGGAUGUGCUGGCUGGCUGGUGCACCGAGGACGACUGCUUGGCUGCCAUCCACGGCGUCCACACACAGACCGGCUACGUGAUGGACACACACACGGCUGUGGCUCAGGUCGUGGCUGACAGGCUGCAGGACGGCUCGUGCCCGGUGGUGAUCUGUUCCACGGCUCACUACGGGAAGUUUGCACCCGCCGUCCUCAAAGCCCUGCGCUGCCCAGAUAUUCCAGCAGACCCUCUGGAGCAGCUGAAGGAGUUGGGAUCCACAGGGUCCCGACCCGAGAUGCACAGACAGCUGAUCAGACGCCUCGAGGAAAGCGGCAGCCGGGCUCACACUGUUUGUCCGGCGGAUUACAGUUCGCUGGUCGAAGAGGUGGAGACGAUGACACAGGACUCCUUUUUGAAAGUCACGUAGGCUUUAUUCUAGUUUCUGUUGAGGCCCAUCUCAUUUAAAGGUGCAGUAUGCAAAAUUGCAGAUGGUCAGUUUGAACGAGCGCCAUUUAGACUCGAAAUUGAAAAACUGUCAAAACGCAAUUUGACGGUUGAACCUACAUGACUCAUUGAUUAUUGAUUAUUGCACAUUUUUGUCAGUUGAGUCUAAUGGUCCUCAAUUGAAUUAACCCUUGGCAGUAUUGCAGAAUGUCCCUUUAAUCUGUUGCUCUCAGAGUGGAAAUGAACGCUGGGUAAUUUCCAGCUGGUACUGUUUUCAUCGCCUGUAACAACAACAAUAAUAAUAAUAAUAAUCGUUAUUAUUAUGUAUGUGUAUAGGACCUUUUAAAUUGACUCUGCAAAGUUCUUUACAACACAAAUUAUGCAAAAUGUCGUAUAAAGCACUAGUGGAAGAAAAAUUGAGGUUAAAAAAUUUCAAAAAAAAAAAAAAUGAAGAUAAAAAAGAUAAACACAAAUACAUAUAAAUAUAUUUAGAAUACAAAAUAAAACAAUGAAAAUGAAAAUGGCACUUGCAAAUGAGCGACAACAAACAAACGGUGAAUAUAUACGCUGGUAAUAAUAAAAUAUUAAUCAAAUUCACUGUGUGGUGGAGCUCUAAAAUGUUCUCUUGCUCUUGUUACAGCCUGCUAUUAAUUAGGUCUAAUUUCCUGGCAGCGUUAUUGGUCCACUAGAUGGUGAUGUCUGCUUCUCGGCCUUUGCAGCGUGGCUUCCUCUCAGGGCCGGACCGCUGCUGCCAACAUGUCAGCAACAACAUGAACGUCAAUUCCUGAACAGACCAGACAAUCAAAUAAAAUACUAAAAUAAAACAUUAUUAGCCUCAGUCAGGGAGAUAAUUAUCCUCUUAAUAUCAACAACAGGCCUAUGCUGUGUUACAGCGUCUAAAAGGUUGAUUUCUUCUAUUUUGACUCUAUUUUCCAUCUUUUGAUGUCUUCUGUCUAUUUUCAACACUGACAUUUGAAUGCUGAAAUUGCACAUUUUCAGUAUGUGGGUGGUAUGAUAGACAGAUAAACAGACAGACAGAUAGAUAGAUUGAUAGAUAGACAGAAUCAUAUUGCAUUAGAUUACAUUAGAUAUCCUGUAACUACCUGCUUUAGUCCAACUACCUACUUAUUUUAAGUUACUCUAGAUAAGAGAGUCAUUUAAAUGCCUGUGCAUUGUAACAAAUAUUGACAUUA